CCCGCCCACGCUGGCUGUGAGGCGUCUCUAGGCUGCGCGCUUCUGUCAGGUUGAUGAGCUGAGGGGACUGGGCGAGGAGCUGGAGUUAUGGAGGUGAGGAGCUACACAGAUACCGCUAGUUAUGUGCCACAACUCACCUGUAUGACUUAUAAAGCUGUGCCAAGGCUUUUAUGCAUAAAGACAUCUUCAGUGGAAGCAGCCAGUGCUUGAGCUAUUCAGGUGGAAAUCAGAAACUGAUGGAGGGAUUUAACAGUAGCCUAGUGUCAGAAUCAUCUGCAUUAUUCAGUUACAAAUUGCAGAGCAACAGCAUAUUAGAUGUAAGUCAGAAUUGUGACUCUUCAGCCCUUAUUGUCCCCUUGGAAAGUUCCAAGAACAUAGUUGAUGCUUUUCUGUCUUACACACCAUGGUCUGCCAGUGGGGAAGAGACACAGCCAUCAGGCCACCCUCAAGUCAAGACCAAGAUUCAAACUGAAAGCUGUGAGAAUGGAAGCGAGUCAGAUCUCUAUGGAUUAGUGUCUAACAUUCUGGAAGAACCAGACAAAGCACAGCCGUGUUUUGCUGAAGGGGCAUGCUCUUCCAUUUUAAAAUCACUAUGGCCAGUUAACACAAACAGGCUUCCUUAUCAGCAAGACCUACUUCCAGAAACAAAAAGACAAACAGAGCCAUCCAUUACAUAUCAAAAUAGGUGCAUUACAGAUUCCAUUCCCUGUCAUGGGAUGCAAAAACUGGAGGAUACAUGUCAUGGCUUGAGUGGCGUAGGCCAAAGCAGGACUGAUAAUGUAGGCUAUUACAGUGACAACUCUAACAUGGCUUUGCAGCAAUACUGUUUCCCUCCAUCAUUUGAAUCAACAGAAUAUCUUAAAGACUAUCCACAGAAGGGAACAGAUUUAUAUAAUUCUUAUAACAGACAUUGUAAUGAUGGUGACAUUAGUCAGUAUGACAUGUUAAAUUCUGUGACAUGCAAACAAACUAACACCUCAAAGUAUGGCAUUCAAGAUGGCAAAAAGUCACUUAAUGAAUUAUCUGAACUAUUUCCUGCGGAUAAUGAUAUUUACUCUAGAAUAUUCCAAGCAAAGCAAGGCUACCAAACAAAAACUGACGAUUUUAUAACUACUGAACUGAAUUAUAAAUGUACAAAAGACCCCCAAGAACAUCCAGCUAACCCUAUUGCAAAAGAUAUGUUUGUGCCUGAUUGUAGGCUUGAACCAGACUUUGCACUGACAACACUUGCUCUAGAUGGAGGCAGCAGCUAUUUUGCAAAUAACGUACAUAAGAUGCAGUCUAAGCACAAUGCACAUAAUUUUACAAGCCUGGCAUCUGCUUCUUCAGUGGAUGCUGAUUCAGUUAGGUCUCCAUGGAUGAAGAGAAACACUGAGAGUAAUACAAUGUAUUGCAAUGGAGGCACAACAAUGAGAAUUGGCAGUCAUUCAGCUAUUAUUCAGAAAAACUGUGCUCAAAACACUGACUAUAGUGCUGCAUGUUCACCCUCUUUCACUCCAAAUACUGCUUCAGUGUUCCAGAAAUACUCCCAAGAGCACACACCAAACGUUGAGUGCAGCUGUUGUACUACAGACAGAAACCAGAAGGACAAAAGAGAAGAAAGUCUGUAUAAUCUUGUGCCAGGCAAAGAGUUUAAGCUACUUAAUAGGUUGCAUGAAAACUCCUCAUACUCCUAUGGUGUAUUUGACAUUGGAAAGCAGGGCUUCCAAAUGAAACCGCAUAGCACACAGUGUGAUGAAUUAGAAAAGAAUUUAGAAAACAUACAGCAACACCUUCAGGUUCAGGCUGUUAACAUCAAUAAAUGUAACCCUCUUCAAGUCAAAUGCUUUUACGGCCCCCUUUUGAUGGGUGGUGACACACAGACUAGUGUCAUUCAUCCAAUGCCUUUCACCAAUAUGAGGUCUUAUUUUCCACAUCCUUUGGGCCAUUCUGUUCUCCCUUUCAUUGACUGCUGUGAAUCACAUCCUUUUGAAGAUAUUAAGAGACUGAACCCUCGCUUCAAAGAUUUGAUAAAUGGGGAACCACAGUUUUCUACCUUGUCACCAAUGUUCGGCAUCCGUGAAUCGCUAAGGCCCCGGAAUGUGUCCUCCAAUGAAUUACACAUUUGCCUGGAAAAGUGUUAUGAGCAGUGGCGAGCAAUGGUAAAAGAGAGGAAACAGGCAGAACUUAUUCUUUCAGCAAACUAUACAGGCAAAAAGGUCUCGAGCACUAACAACACCGCAAUCCCAAGGCUCUGUGCCAACCCUUCUAGAGUUGACCGACUGAUUGUGGACCAGCUACGUGAACAUGCCAGGGUUGUAACGCUGCUGGGGAAAAUGGAGCGCCUACGUAUUUCCCCACUGCAUGCUAACAUCUCCACAGCACUCGACCGCCAGUUGGAGGCAAUCCACAUUACACAGGUGCACCGCAGGGAAGAAAUUAAUAACGCAUCAAAUCGCCAGCGUCAGGAGGAGAGAGAUGUCAUUGCCCUCGCUUCCUCUGUCAAAAAUCUGUCAGCAGCUACGCGCAAAUCACGGACAGCUUUAUGGUGCGCUCUCCAGAUGACUCUGCCCAAAACAGUGUACGCUAGCAAGGUAGAUCCGAAAAAGGCUGUGCCAAAUACGGCAAAUCACCAGGAAGAGGAAUAACUGCCAUGCUCAGUUCAUGUUUGUGUUCACUCCUUAUUAAAGUAUUGUGAAGAUGGAAUGUGACAAUUACACACUUUUUAGUACCAGUGUUGGUAUGUGACAUUUGUUUAGUUGAAACAAAAAGAAAAAGUAUUUAAAAAUUGCCAAAGCAGAUAGAUUAGUCAAAAGGUUCCCUAUUUACCUGUAGAUUAAUGAUAAAUGUUAAUGAAUUAUUUUCUCAUAGAGGAAACAUCAUUCAGGUGAAUACUGAAGGGGUAUCUGGUGGGUUUGGUUUGUGUUUUAGUUUCCAUGCCAUUUUUACCCCAGAAUUUCCAUCUUGUCCUGGUGGGUAUUCCAAUAUCUUUUUGAGAAGGGUUAAAUUCAGUAAAAAAAAGUCGUACUAAAGUUGCACCACAGAAAAUAUCAGGGCCUCAGUGGCCCUUUACAUUAUUUGGCCACAUGUUUUUUUUUCAAUAUAUGAGUAGCGCAGUGCUGAUGUAGUACAGGCUGAACAGGAAGCAAAGUAGUAGCGCGUGUUGCAUCAUUCUUACUUUGUGCACGUACCAUUGGUUCCACACCAGCACUGCACUACUAAUGCAAGGUAGGAAAUUAAUGACGGGCAACAAUGUGCCAGUGCCCUAAAAAAUAGCCACCAGAUCUAGUCUGCAUUCAAUAUUUUGGCAUAUACAUUCAACUGAGGUUUUAUUUUAAUUAAUGUAUUGCUUACUUUAACGUCAUAUAUUAUUUAACAAUAUAUUUAUAAGUAAUUUAUUGCACCGUGUGACUAGUUGUUGGGGUGCUCUGCUCUAAUUAGAACACAACGUUCAGCUGCUUUAUUUGGGUGAAAUCCCCCCUGCUCUUCCUAGUCCAAAAAAUAUCUGGUAUGGAAAGUUGUGGGAAAUGUUUUUAUGAUAAGUAUGUGUAUGCGAUGAAAUUCAGGCAAUUCUGUCACUGAUUCUCACUUGUUCUGCUUCAGUGAAUUCACUAGGCAGGGAAGUAUUAUUGCCAUGUUUGAUUGGUCACCACACAGAGCUAGAGGUUAGGUUCAUAAGAGGCUAAAGGGUUUAAAUGUUUAGAAAAAUGCAUACGAAAUGUAACUGAAUGUAAGUUACUUUCUGCUUAACAUUAAUAAACUUACCCUUGUUCAAGUUCA